ACAAAAUGACAUCUCCAGUUUUUGCUUUGUAUGUGACAUGUCUGCUCUUGGGGAGAAUGGCUCCUAUUACAUCUCUGAAUACAUCAUCAUCUUUACGCUUUGAAUCAGUUAAUGUUGGUGAAGACGUGACUUUGGAAUGUUUCUAUAAAGAUGAUGCUGCAGUGAUGUUUUACUGGUAUAAACAAACUCUGGGACAGAAACCAAAGCUGAUGUCUAAAUUCUAUAAACAUGAUCCAAAUGGCAAUUUUCAAGGUGAAUUUGAGAACUAUCCACGCUUAGGACUGGAAGCUAGCCUUGGUAAAAAUCACAUGAAGAUCACAAAUGUGCAAAUUUCAGACUCGGCUACUUACUACUGCGUAGCUGGCUAUUCAUAUGUGUAUGAAUUUUUAGAGAGCAUUAUUGUCGGUGUAAAGGGUUCAGGUUUGAGCAUCCAAGCUUUGGUCCACGAGUCGGCAUCUGAGAGCAUCCAGCCAGGAGGCUCUGUGACUCUGAACUGUACAGUACACACUGGGACCUGUGAUGAUGGAGAACACAGUGUUUACUGGUUCAAAAACUCUCAAGAAUCUCAUCCAGGAAUCAUUUACACACAUGGAGGCAGGAAUGAUCAGUGUGACACACAAACACACACCUGUGUCUACAACUUGCUGAUGAAGAGUCUGAAUGUUUCUCAUGCUGGGACGUACUACUGUGCUGUCGCCUCAUGUGGACAGAUACUGUUUGGAAACGGGACCACAUUGGAUUUUGAGCAUGAGGAAGACUCUCUUGUCUUGGUGUGUAUCUUGAGUGGAGCUUUGGCACUCACCACCAUCCUGGUUGUUUUCCUGGCUUACACAGUAUAUACAAUGUUCAAGACAAACAGCUGCCAAUGCACAGACUUGCAAGCAAGACCAUCAGCUGCCGCAGCUCCAAAUGCAGAGGGCUACCAAGACGCAGAUAACCUCCAUUACGCUGCUUUAAGGGAGAACAAGGUCAGCAGGUCAAGACGGCAGAGGGACGACACCAGGACUGAAUGUGUUUACUCCGGUGUGAGACAGUAGAGCUGAACAUGUUUCAUUUGUACUUUGUGUCUGUGUGACUAGAAGAAUGAACUGAAUAUAA